AUGUAUGUGAAUAAGGUUCGUGAAAAUUUUCUGUGCAAAUCGCAGCUGAAGGGUUUCAGUAGGCUCUCUCCGAAAGAGAAUGAAUUUACUUGUGGCAAGGGAUGUGCAGCUGCUUUUGCUGAUGAAAAUCGUUGUUCCUCAAGUGCCGCCAAUUGGAUAAAUGCUAGGCUCCCAAGAAUUAAUGAAGCAAUAUUUCACAGCGUAUUAAGCGAAAAAUACGUUAUGAAAAGGGAAAAAUUAUAUAAUAAUGGCUUUCCCGUUUGGAAAAAUGCAAAUAAAACGAUAGUCGAUAUAGCUCCAAGUCGUUUUAGCUAUAAAAUGAAGACUUAUGCGGAAGAAACUGUGUUGUUUGCAGACAGUUGGGAGAUGCGCUUUUCGUGCUGUUCUUCAGGGCCCAACGGGAAAGCAUGUACCGUCAGUGAAUCGCAUGUAACAAAUACGGCAUUUUUGAGCGACUUAGAACGAUUUGUUGAGGUUAUGAUUAAAAUUUUCAACAAUUUUCACGGAUUACUUGUCGACAGAUAA